AGAAAAUUUGCGCUUUAAAAACAUGUCAGAAUUGCAAGAGUGGCUUCCUUUCACGGAUGACAAUGGAGGUGCAAUAGCUUUCCCUCGUCUCCAACAGCUUUGUAUACAAAACUGUCCUAAACUGAGCAUGGGUCUUCCCAAUGGCAUUUUUUCUUUGAAAUCAAUUGUGAUUGAUAAAUGCCAGCAGCUUGUCGCUACACUUCCAAGUGCUCCAGCCAUCCGUCAAGUGAGGUUACAAUAUUGUCAUAAGGUGGUGUUGAAAGAAUUACCACCGCAAGUGUUGAAGCUCAAAAUUAUCGGAUAUGACAACUUGGAGUCCUUACCUAUGGACAACAACAACAACUGCCUUGAAGAGCUAGAUAUCUCUGAUUGUCCAUCUCUCACGUUGCUUCCCAGUAGUGGUAUUGCUGAUACACUAAAAUCACUUGGUGUCAAGAACUGUGGGAAAUUACUGUUUCCGAUGCACCAUCGUUAUGCUUCCCUUGAGAGUGUGUGCAUAAGAAGUAGUUGCGAUUCUCUGGUGUCCUUUCCAUUGGAUUUAUUUCCAAAGAUGAAUCAUCUUGAUACCCACGGAUGUCAUAAUCUUCGGUCCCUUUCUGUUUCAAAUCAAGGGCCCCUUCAGUAUCUUAAAUCUCUCAGAAGCUUAGAAAUCAGUAACUGUUCCAAUUUUGUAUCCUUUCCCGAAGAGGGACUGCCUGCACCCAACCUUACCAGGUUCAGUGUUGGUUACUGUAAUAAUUUGAAGGCACUGCCUGACCAGAUGCAUACCUUGCUCCCAUCCCUUCGGACAUUGAGUAUUCGGCUUUGUCCAGAACUUGAGUCUUUUCCAGAUGGGGGGUUGCCAACCAGUUUAAAUGCACUUGAAAUCUUUUUUUGUGAAAAACUUAUCUCCAGCCGCACAGGGUGGGGUUUGCAAGGACUGUCUUCUCUUAGAAGCUUCUGUAUCAGGGGUAGAUGUGAAAAUGUGGAGUCCUUUCCAGAGAGGGCGCUGCUGCCCUCUUCUCUUACAUCCCUUGAAAUCUGGAAUAUUCCCCAUUUGAAAUCGCUGGACGGCAAUGAGCUUCAACAUUUCACCACACUUAAAAAAUUAGGAAUUGGCUGCUGCCCAAAUCUGCAGUCCAUGCCAGAAGAGGGUCUGCCAAAAUCGUUGUCAUUUCUAAGUGUCAAGAAAUGUCCAUUGCUGAAAACUCGGUGCCUUAGGGAGAAAGGGGAAGACUGGCCCAAGAUAGCUCAUAUACCCAUCAUAAAAAUUGAUGCAAAAGUGAUCUGAAUAUGAUGAGCUUAAUUUCUACUGGAACCCAGCUCUUCAAUAUAUCCAACUUCUUCUCAGGAGAAGCAGCGCUAGUGCUUUGUCUGGUCAGUAGAAAGUCGAUGAAUUCUUUUCCGUAAGGAUGUUGAACUAUAUAUACAAAAAGUAACACCCUAGUGAAGAACCUAGUGGAAAAACUUCAUUUUGUCUUUCUUUUUUGGCAAAACCCAUCCCAACUGUCUUCAUCUAACAAGACAUGUUGAUUGAAUAUAUGCAGCUUUUGACUUAAUAUCAGAAGAAGGCUCUGGCUGUGUGGACUGAAGUUGGGAUAUUGUGGCAGGUGCUGUUGAAUGAACAGCCCUCAGGCUGCACAAAAACGAUUAUAGAAUGGCCUGUUUUACAUACCUUUAUUUCUCUGACUACUUAAUUGCAGAAUCAUGGUUUCAGUUUUGCUCUUUGCAAUUCUUGGUACUUGAUUAUUUUGUUUGAUCAUCUAUUUGGAGUGCAAAAGUUGAGACAUCUAAUAGUCAUGAAGGGGAGGCGAAUAAGAGAUUAAUAAAUAGUCAAGAUCUUGGCAAAUUCCAUUUGGUGAUUCUGAUCCUUAGUAGAAAUGGGAGGGUAACACAACAUCAAUAAGGAUUGUGAAUCUUAUGUUGAUCUUCAUCCAGCAGCAUAGAAGUGAAAAUCUAGCACUGAAAACUACAUACAUCAGAUCUCAGUGUUGGGCUAUAUCUGAACAUUAGUAUGCUAUUAUGAUGUCUAAUGAUCAAUCAAUUUCAGGACUCAUACGUUAGAAUUUUGAAAACUAUUUCAUGACUUGUGCAAAUAUGGAACCUGUGGACUUAGAAAGAGUAAACAAUGUUGGCUGACUAAAGAUUUUGUGAGCCUGCCUAGCAAGAGACAGAGGAUGUUUUACUUCUGGAACUAAAAAUAUCCGGGUACAUUUGAUUCCAUCCUCGAUGUUAUUAGUCGUCCUGAGAACAAUACCAUCGCUUUUGUCUCUGGAGAAUGCUAGUUUAGUAGGGUUCAGUUCUGUUUAAUGGUACAACUUUGUAAGACCUUAUUAAGGCCUCUGGUGUAAUGUUAAGAAUUGGGUAGUUUCUUUAUUUA